UCAGGUUAGAAACCGCUAAAAGUAGGAAGUGCACUCCACUACCGCCACACUUUCGGCUUUUACUUUUGUACUUUUGUUCUUUCAAUUCCACUUCACUGCUUCUGCUUGGGAAAAGUUUGAGAAACCCCUUGGCACCUUCGUUCUUUCACCAAGUUUCUGAAUUCUGACCUUAAAACAAAAAUUUAAAGAACAUAGCUGCGCAUGCUUUCUCACGAGCUCAGUCCACCCCUCAGGCUCUGUCUGUAACUCUUUUAUUCUCUUUUCUCUCUCUCUCUCUUGAUCCCUCACUCCCUUUACUCUCCUCUAUCUUCCGUUCGAACUCCUCUAUUUGAAACUUUUCCUUUCCUGGUUCCUACCUUUUUUGUAGCAUUAAUAUCAUUAUAUUUUUCUCUUCUUUCUUCAUUUUCUUUUAUCCGAACCCCCAAGUACUACUAAAAAACCUUAACCUUUUUCAAUUCAUCACCUCUUUUGCUGACCUAAGCCUAAAGUACGGCACGUUUCCACUGAAAUACCUUCGUACUCCACCACGAGUACAACAGAUAUUACAUCAGGUUCCCAGUUCUCUCUUAUUAAUUUCUCCAAGUAUAACAGAGCUGAGAAACUCAAGUAAAGCCCCGGAACACACUUUCCAGGUUCAUCGACUUUUCUUUGCUGCCAAUUUUCCACCAGAAAAUGAGCUACCCUAUCUGAUGAAAUCUUCAGAAUAGAGUCUCUAUCGGUCUUCAAAGAGACUAGACAGAAGCAGUUGGUUAUACCAGAAGUCUCGCAACGGAGGGAGAUAGAAAUUAGAGAUGAAUAUCGACACAAGAGGAAACAACAUGCAACAGGAGAAUGGAUCGGCCGGGCUCUUCAGUCAAUUCACGGAAACCGUCCGGCGGCCUUCCGUGAAAUCAUCAGCGAGAUCCUCAGCUAUAUUCAUCGUCUUCAUCGUAAUACUCAUCGGCGCGUUGGUCUCCACGAGUUUGCUUGACACCACUACUUUUGUUGGUGGAUUGGUGCAGAAGCCCAUGCUAACUACAGGAACAAGAGGUGAAACCCCCAAAAAGGCCCGACAGCAAAUAGAAAUCCCACUUAACUGCACUGCACUUCAUCUCACACGAUCCUGCCCCACAAACUACCCUAAAACCACCGAGGAAGAUCCAGACAGUAAUUUAAAUAUAAAUACAACGUGUCCAGAUUACUUCCGUUGGAUCCAUGAAGAUCUGAGGCCAUGGGCGUACACGGGGAUCACACUGGGCAUGCUGGAGAGGGCCAAGAGAACGGCUAAUUUCAGAUUGGUAAUAGUAAACGGGAGGGCUUACGUGGAGAAAUAUCAUAGGUCGUUUCAGACAAGGGAUGUUUUCACGCUGUGGGGGAUCAUACAGUUGUUAAGGAAGUAUGCAGGAAAAAUACCGGAUUUGGAUCUCAUGUUUGAUUGUGUCGACUGGCCGGUCAUCAAGUCAAACGACUAUGGUGGGCCCAAUGCCACGACCCCACCUCCUUUGUUCCGUUACUGCAAAGAUGACCGAACACUAGAUAUCGUUUUUCCGGACUGGUCCUUCUGGGGAUGGCCUGAGAUUCGCAUAAAGUCGUGGGUGCCGUUGUUAAAUGAGCUGAAGGAAGGCAACAAAAGAAUGAGAUGGGACGAAAGGGAGCCUUAUGCUUACUGGAAAGGGAAUCCCAAUGUUGCCAUAACCAGGCAACGCCUCCUCAAAUGCAACGUUUCUGACAAACGGGACUGGGGUGCUCGUGUCUAUGCCCAGUUAUUCAAUCUAAUCGUAGGAAACUAUUGGCAGGAUUGGGGACGAGAAUCACGGCAAGGGUUCAAGCAAUCAAAUCUGGCAAACCAAUGUGUACAUAGGUUUAAGAUCUAUGUUGAAGGGUCGGCAUGGUCUGUCAGUGAAAAAUACAUUCUAGCUUGUGAUUCUGUUACCUUACUGGUAAAACCCCGGUACUAUGAUUUUUUCACCAGAAGUUUGGAGCCAAUGGAGCAUUAUUGGCCCAUCAAGGCUAAUGACAAGUGCAGAUCUAUCAAGCAUGCAGUUGACUGGGGCAACAGCCAUCAGGAAGAGGCACAGGCCAUAGGGAAGGCCGCGAGUGAGUUUAUUAAAGAGGAAUUGAAGAUGGACUUCGUGUAUGAUUAUAUGUUUCAUCUUUUAAAUGAGUAUGCUAAACUCUUAAGAUUUAAGCCCACCAUACCUAGAAAAGCCGUUGAAUUGUGUUCGGAAACAAUGGCUUGUCCAGCGGAAGGAUUAAAGAAGGAGUUCAUGAUGGAAUCAAUGGUGAAGGGUCCCUCAGUUACAAGUCCAUGCACCAUGCCUCCACCUUAUGAUCCCCCAUCUCUUUAUGCCUUGCUUAGUAAAAAGGAGAAUUCAAUAAAGCAAGUAGAGGAAUUGGAGAAGGAAUUUUGGGAAAAGCAAAAAUAAGCAGUCCAGGAAAGGAUAUUCUUUCAUACUUAUUCGAAACAGAUCCGGAAUGUAUUCUUGCAUCAAAGCUAAUAUUAACAGGAAAAAAAUACUAAUAAGACAAUGUAUCAUUAUCAAUAAUUUACCAUAUUUCAGGUGCUAUCAUCACAUUUUAUGUAUAACAUUUGAAAUUUCUGGUUGUAAUUAUAUAACCAAGAAAAAGAGAAAUUUCUGGAGAUCCAAGGAACUGAUCAUUGGACAUCAGCAUUAUGUUUGUGCAUCAGUGUUACUAAGAACGAGUAAUAGAAACUGAAUCCCAUUUAUCAAAUUGAAAUCCAUCAUACGUAACACAAAA